AUGGUGGCUCCUUCAGUCGACACUCGCAAUCAUGUCUUGACCCUCAUUACCAAUGUACUCACUCGUCCUGAGAGAUAUGGCGAUCGUUUCUUUGUCCAGAUCGUGCGUGGUGCCAAGGGCGGCUACGUCCCCAUUACGCUUUUACGGAGCAUGGUGUCCGACUUGAAUGACAUUCCUGCUGGUUACUUCCAACAUUGUGCCGACAAGGAACCCGAUCGACUCGAGCUUAGUAUUGAUCGUAGCAAGGUACGGUUGCCGAGACAAGACGAUGGUACCAUGGAUACCCAAGAAACUGAUCCAUAUGGCUACCUCGCAUCAUCCACCAGUGACAAUGAUCCUACAACCGUAACCAAUGACAACAAUCAUCCCACAACAUCAUCAAGUCGAUUUCAGCCAUAUUCACCAUCAUUCUCUACUGGAAAAUCAGUACUACCUGUGUACUUCAAAGAUGGCAAAUUCUACAGCGAUAGCGAACCUGAUAAGGAGCCGCAUCUCGAUCGACCCGCUAUGGAAGUGCCACCUUACGACAAACUCGAGAUUGAACCACUUGGUGACGAUAAUGGAUCAUCAUCAUCAAAAGGAGGGCGUGUGUGUUUCAAUUGUGGCAAACCUGAUCAUGCAUUACGUGAUUGUCCAGAGCCAAAAGACGAGCAGAUGAUUCGAGAACGAAGGAAGAACGUGAAAGCACCUCCAUCCAUGGGUCGAUUUUUUGUGGAGCUCGAGUUGCGUAAUAAGAUUGCUCAUUGUGCACCUGGUCGAUUGUCAACAGCAUUACAAGAUGCAUUGGGCAUGAAUGGAUUGCAUCCCGAACCCCCUUACUAUGUCAAAAUGCGUGAGCAUGGAUAUCCACCUGGCUACUGGGGCAAACCAUCAUCUUCACAAGAAGCCAAACAGACCAUGAAGGGAUGGAUGGACGAUGUGGCGUAUCGAGAUGCACCCGAUAUCAAGAUCUACAGCGAUGACAGCUCUUAUCAAGCGACUGAUUCAGAAUCACAUGAUGAUACACUUUCAAGCAAAGUCAAAUUGGUGUAUUAUCCAGGCUUGUAUGACAAUGCACUCAAGGAAGAGCAACAACAACAACAACAACAGCAACAGCAUACAUAUCAAGAACCGCAUAUCCCCUAUACAGACUAUUCCUAUCAAUCACAACCUUACACCACCCAACCAACCUAUUACGAUCCAUAUUACCACUAUUACUAUGCACAGCAAUAUUAUCGCCCUCCUCCUCCAGCAUCAUCUCAAUAUCAUUAUCCUGGGACAACGCCUGUCACUAUGCCCUACAAUCAUGUUGACAUGGAACAGCAUGUUGCAGCCCAAAAAGCACCUGUAUCAAUACCAAAUGCACCACCACCACCCUCCUCCACAUCCGCAGCCAUUGCAGCAUCAGACGAUGAUAUGGACAUAUCUGAUGGAGAAUAA